UUUGGCAUAAGUACGUAUGGUACAUGCAUCAUUACUCUGGUUAAAUAUCCCAUUUACCUGCUCUACAUUUUACACUUUGUCACUACCACUGGGCAGAGAACGCUCCACAUCUGCUACCUGAAGACACCUGAGCACCACAAUGGACUGGAAGCUGGUACUGACUGUUUUGUGUAUGACUGUGACAAACACCUCUACAACAAACACAACUUCAGUAGCUGCAGUAUUCAACUUGGUCUUCAGCAUCAAUGAGACCUUUGAUCCAGCACUGGCCAAUUCCAGCUCUCCAGAGUUUGCAGCAAAAGCUACAAAUGUCCUUAAUGCGUUUGAACCAAUAUGCAGAACAAUCUUCAGUAAUUUAAUCCGGAUGAACAUUCAUGGAUUUAGCAAGGGUUCAAUUGUGACAAAUUCCAGCCUUGAAUUUAGUGCCAACGGCACCAUCCCAACUAAUUCUACACUACAAAACAUCCUUGUUAAUGUGACUAAAUCCAACUCAAGCUUAAACAUUAUUCCAAGUUCUAUAAAUGUAACCCAGAUUCCUGUGACCACAAACUCUACAACAAACAUGACCCCAAGCAUGUCCAUGAAUACAACUUCAACAAACUCAACUUUAACAAAUUCAACUUCAACAAAUUCACCUUCAACAAAUUCAACUUCAACAAACUCAACUUCAACAAAUUCACCUUCAACAAAUUCAACUUCAACAAAUUCAACUUCAACAAACUCAACUUUAACAAACACCUCUUCAACCCUAAGCAUGGCAACAAACACCUCUACAACAAAAACUUCUUCAGUAGCUGCAGUAUUCAACUUGGUCUUUAGCAUCAAUGAGACCUUUGAUCCAGCACUGGCCAAUUCCAGCUCUCCAGAGUUUGCAGCAAAAUCUACAAGUAUCCGUAAUAGGUUUGAACCAAUUUACAGACAAAACUGCAGUAACUUCCUCCAGAUGAUUAUUCAUGGUUACAGCAAGGGUUCAAUUGUGACAAAUUCCAGCCUUGAAUUUAGUGCCAACGGCACCAUCCCAACUAAUUCUACACUACAAAACAUCCUUGUUAAUGUGACUAAAUCCAACUCAAGCUUAAACAUUAUUCCAAGUUCUAUAAAUGUAACCCAGAUUCCUGUGACCACAAACUCUACAACAAACAUGACCCCAAGCAUGUCCAUGAAUACAACUUCAACAAACUCAACUUUAACAAAUUCAUCUUCAAAAAAUUCAUCUUCAACAAAUUCAACUUCAACAAACUCAACUUUAACAAAUUCAUCUUCAACAAAUUCAUCUUCAACAAAUUCAUCUUCAACAAAUUCAACUUCAACAAAUUCAACUUCAACAAACUCAACUUUAACAAAUUCACCUUCAACAAAUUCAACUUUAACAAACUCAACUUUCACAAAUUCAACUUCAACGAAUUCAACUUUAACAAACACCUCUUCAACCCUAAGUAUGGCAACAAACACCUCUACAACAAACACUUCUUCAACCCCGAGCACAAAUUCAACUUCAACAAACACAACUUCAACGAAUUCAACUUUAACAAACACCUCUUCAACCCUAAGCAUGGCAACAAACACCUCUACAACAAAAACUUCUUCAGUAGCUGCAGUAUUCAACUUGGUCUUUAGCAUCAAUGAGACCUUUGAUCCAGCACUGGCCAAUUCCAGCUCUCCAGAGUUUGCAGCAAAAUCUACAAUUAUCCGUAAUAGGUUUGAACCAAUUUACAGACAAAACUGCAGUAACUUCCUCCAGAUGAUUAUUCAUGGUUACAGCAAGGGUUCAAUUGUGACAAAUUCCAGCCUUGAAUUUAGUGCCAACGGCACCAUCCCAACUAAUUCUACACUACAAAACAUCCUUGUUAAUGCGACUAAAUCCAACUCAAGCUUAAACAUUAUUCCAAGUUCUAUAAAUGUAACCCAGAUUCCUGUGACCACAAACUCUACAACAAACAUGACCCCAAGCAUGUCCAUGAAUACAACUUCAACAAACUCAACUUUAACAAAUUCACCUUCAACAAAUUCACCUUCAACAAAUUCAACUUCAACAAACUCAACUUCAACAAACUCAACUUUAACAAAUUCAACUUUAACAAACUCAACUUUAACAAAUUCACCUUCAACAAAUUCAUCUUCAACAAAUUCAACUUUAACAAAUUCAACUUCAACAAAUUCAACUUUAACAAAUUCAUCUUCAACAAAUUCAUCUUCAACAAAUUCACCUUCAACAAAUUCAUCUUCAACAAAUUCAACUUCAACAAAUUCAACUUCAACAAACUCAACUUUAACAAAUUCAUCUUCAACAAAUUCAUCUUCAACAAAUUCAUCUUCAACAAAUUCAACUUCAACAAAUUCAAAUUCAACAAACUCAACUUUAACAAAUUCACCUUCAACAAAUUCAACUUUAACAAACUCAACUUUAACAAAUUCAGCUUUCACAAAUUCAACUUCAACGAAUUCAACUUUAACAAACACCUCUUCAACCCUAAGUAUGGCAACAAACACCUCUACAACAAACACUUCUUCAGUAGCUGCAGUAUUCAACUUGGUCUUUAGCAUCAAUGAGACCUUUGAUCCAGCACUGGCCAAUUCCAGCUCUCCAGAGUUUGCAGCAAAAUCUACAAGUAUCCGUAAUAGGUUUGAACCAUUUUACAGACAAAACUGCAGUAACUUCCUCCAGAUGAUUAUUCAUGGUUACAGCAAGGGUUCAAUUGUGACAAAUUCCAGCCUUGAAUUUAGUGCCAACGACACCAUCCCAACUAAUUCUACACUACAAAACAUCCUUGUUAAUGCGACUAAAUCCAACUCAAACUUGAACAUUAUUCUAAAUUCUAUAAGUGUCAUCCAGGUUCCUGUGACCAACUACUGGACAACAAACACAUCUUUAACCAUGAGCACAACAAACAUACCUCCAACACCAGAAAACGCAUCUGCAGUUUUCAACCUGACCUUCAGCAUCAGUGAAACCUUUGAUUCAGCACUGGCCAGUACCUGCUCCCCACAGUUUGGAGCAAAGGCUGCAAAUAUCCGUAAUCAGGUUGAACCAUUGUACAAGAAAGCCUUUAAAAACUUCAUUCUCAUGCAAAUUCUACGAUUUAAGAAUGGGUCUAUUAUUGCAGAAAGCAAGCUUUAUAUGGAUCCUAGUGGUUCAAAUGUUACUGCAACCCAAGUGAAAGACGUCUUUCUCAAUGGAAUCGCCAUCUUCAACUUUAAUGUUGAUCCAGCCUCCAUCAGGGUUACCCAGAUUGGUAACUCAAUGCCACCAGUGAUUGCCAGCUCAGUCUCCAUGAUUUGCAUGUCUCUUCUAUCACUUCUACUUUCUUUGACAUUGCACUUCUAGCUCUAGACCUGAUUAGAAAACAUACACAAUAAAUUAAGAGUUUAUCUAUUAACUAUUAACAAUCUAAUAUAUUCUACUGAAGUAAAGAAUUUUUUUAUUUUUAGCAGAAACAUUAAUAUGAAUGCUAUUUUGCUAUUUUUAAAGAAAUAUUUAAGAUAAAGGGAAUAUGGGAGAAUGCAUUUCAAUCUUAAAAUCUAUGUAGAUUUAUAUGAGAAAUACAAUUAUGGUUAAUUGCUGAAACUAGGGAUUUAAUGAGGGUGAUUUACCUGAACAUUUCUCUGCAUCUGAACAGCCUGUACAAUGAUUGUCAUUUAUUACAUUUAAAUCAAUUAGAAUAUUCUUUAAACAAUUGUGUAGUUAACAGUAUAUGUUUAUAACUGUUAUACACUCAUAUGUAAACCUACAUAUAACUUCUUUAUAUCAGUGUACAAAUAUUAUAAACAGCAUAUUAAAUAAAGCUCGACAU